AUGUUGGUAUUCUUUACAAGUAUAGGGACUAAAUUUAAAGAUCUAACUCAUAGCUCUUUGGUUCAAAAGAAAAUUGGUGCACAAGAGGUUUUUAUUUUUGGUGAAUAUGGAAAUCGAUUGGGGUUGAAGAGUUUCCAACGGUUACUGCUUGGUAUGAGUUUUAGGCAUAACAGGAUGGAGCAAGAUGGAGAGAGGAGAGAAAAGGGAAAAUUCAAACUUUUUUGGGGAAGGAGUUGUGCGUACUUGCUCGUGAAGUGGCUAGGGUUGAGGCAAUUUGAGUACUUCUUGAUUAUUGUGUGUUUGCUUCCAACAGAAAGUCGUGGAAGAAAAAAUAUUUUGUCAAUUAGAAUGAAGGGUAAAAUGUGUGAUAGCAAUAGGAAUUUAAAUGGAGAUGCAAAUUUAAAGAAGUUGUUCUUGUCCUGGAGGAUGAAUAUGCAGCAAACGAUCAUAAAAUGAAGAAAUUAUAACCGGUACAGAGAGGAAGGAUUGAAUACCGUUUGUAAUGAGUUCUCUGAAGCAGAAUGGUGAAGAAAAUAGAAGCGUAAAGAAUGAAUAGUGGUAUAUAUUUCGAUUUUUCGGAUUUAUUGUGAAUGUAUAUGAAUAUGAUCUGGACGUAAAUGUAGAUGAUGAAAAGAAGCGGGAAAACACAAUUUUGGGCUGCUGGGAGAUUGACACGUGGAUAGAUUCUACUUAUUUAUUAGGAUAGGGG